GCGGCUGCGGGGCCGGGGUCUCCCGGGCCCGGGUGUGAGGAGAUGGCGGCGCGGGCCGCCUAGGGUGGAGCCUCGCGGGCCCGACGGGCGCGGCAGCCGCUGCCAUGGACUGGUGAGCGCCGCGGCCCCAGCUCGCGUCUCCCCGCCGGGCGUCGGCGCCUCAGCCCCGGCCAUGGGCUCGUCGGCGGCGGCGGCGGCCGCGGCGGCCGCGGCGGACUCGGCGCAGUGGCUCUCGGUGAAGGAGGAGACCAUCUUCCUGCACGACGGGCUGAUCCGGGUCACCGACCUGGCCGAGCUGCCCAGCGAGAUCCUCGGGGCUCCGGAGGCCGCCGACACCGACCUGGAGAUUUUAACCUUUGAGACCAAGAACCCAACAGAGUUAGCAGAACGUUUGCGCUCUGUUUGUGGGAAUCAGAGCAACGCCUAUGCCCGCCUGCUGGAAUACCGCCUGAAUGCCUUGCGAGGGCUGUGGAACGCCCAGCGCCAGCUGGCCCUGGAGGAGCAGCAUGAGAGGGAAAGUUCUGGAGACGAAGAAACCUUGGCCCUGCUCAAGCGCCAGGGCCUGCUGCAGCAGCCAGAGCAAGCGCCCUUCACGUCACGGAUGGGGCUGCUGCUGGUCUUCCCCCUCAUCCAGUCCCAGAGUCGAACGGACCCCUCUCUCUGUAACCUAACUGCUGAGGUGCUAUUGAACUGCCUGCGCGACUGCCAGCCUCUGAGCCUCACCAAGGAGCCUGCUGACUGCCUCAACGGGAUCGAAACCUUGCUGUGCUCGUGGCUAGAGGAGACUUCGGACACAGGCCGACACAUCCCACAGAAACAGAAAGAAAACGCUGCUGCUGCCCUGGUGGCCUUGGCAUGUGCCAGGGGCUCUUUGAAAACUUUUGUCCACACUGUCCAUCUACUGCAAAAACAGACUGACCUCGGGUCCCUGCCUGUCGCUGACGUACUGUAUAGGUUGUUGCUUUUGGAAGGAGGGCCUGGCUCCCCCUCAUGUUUGCUUGGGGGCAAACACAUAGUAUCUUGGGGCUAUGAAGACAUGCUGCCUGCCCCAGACAGCAACAUGGGCUCCAGUUCUGAAAACAAAGAUGCUGACUUGGGGCGCUGUCUCACUGCGGAUGGUCUUUACUUGUACACCACUAACUCAGUUGGAAGAGGAGUAAGCAAACUGGGGUCUGGAUUACAUGGUACUCUCAGAGGAUUUGUGUACUGCCGGAACGAGGAGCUGGAGCCAGGAUGGGUGGCUUUCGGCAAUGGCAGUCUCCUCCACCGGCCUGUGUCUUUCGACAACAAACCUCAUUCCCUUUUCCAGGUCAUUGACCAGAACACCCUCCAGGUGUGUCAGAUGGUGCCCAUGCCACCCAACCACCUCCCUGUCGGCAGCACCAUGAGCACCGUACACCUCUCUUCUGAUGGCACUUACUUCUACUGGAUCUGGUCCCCUGCCAGUCUGAAUGAGAAAACUCCCAAGGGACACUCUGUCUUCAUGGACAUUUUUGAACUUGUGGUUGAAAAUGGGGUACGUGUAGCCAACCCGCUUCAGGAACGCACGAUCCUCAUGAGGAAAGAGGGCGAAUCUGCCAAGAGCAUUAAUGAGAUGCUUCUGAGCAGGCUGUCUCGGUACAGAGCCUCCCCAUCGGCAACGCUUGCAGCCCUGACUGGCUCCACCAUCUCCAACACACUGAAGGAGGACCAAGCGGCAAAUACUAGCUGUGGGCUACCUCUGAAGAUGCUGCGGAAGACACCCAUCUACACCUGUGGCACAUACUUGGUGAUGCUGGUGCCACCUCCAGGAGGAUCAGGCAGCUCUGCCACACGCUCUCUUUUUGGUGGAACAAGCGGUUUGUCGUCUUUAAAAAUCCUCGCCUCCAGCCUGGUGUAUAAUAUUUCGGAUGGUCAGUUCACAAGCCGUGCGGAUCUCAUAGAUGCUGCUGGAAGCUCACUGGGACGUGGUGCUCUUGUACCUGGCUUGGGUGCCUGUUAUGACACAGUGAACAACAUGCUAUGGACGUGCUCGAAUGACUACAUUGAUCAGUGGUGCAACCCCGGGAACCAGGCCUUCCACUACGUGUGCCAGAGACUGGGCGUCAGCCAUGUUAUCACAGAGCCCAAAGAAGAAGCCAUCACCACCAAUGAGGUUAUCAACCAAUUGUUGCACCACGUUGGUGCAAUGUGUAUCCACCAGCUCAAUCUUUUGGCCACCAACCCCAACCUUCCCAUCACAAGCGUCCUGGGCAAGCAGCAUCCCAUCGAAGCGCACCAUCUAAGCAGCAUUUGUGACAUCAUGGAGAAAGCCAUGGUCAACGGAGACACCUGCAUCAUACGCUGCAUCCUCGUUGUCUUUCAGGUGGUGUUUAAAUUUUUCUUCAGCCCACAAAGUGAAAGGAACCGAGACAUCAUUCGACGGUCAGGGUUGCUUCUUUGGCAGUUGUUGAUGGCACCCAAAGAUCAAAUCUGUCCUGAGAUUCAGAAGGAGGUCUGCCUUGCCAUCAGCUCUGGCCUGAACAUCUUGUACCCUGGUGAAACUGAAAUCAAUAACUUACUUCAGCUGGUCUUAACUGAAGGGGAGAGAAACAGUGGACUUGCCCAGCUUCGAGAUGUGAUCCUCACCAGUUUAGCUGAACAGCUUCAAAAUAAUCGAUUCGGCAGCGAUGAGGAUGAUCAUUACAGACUAAAUGAUGAACUCCUACACUACAUUCUGAAGAUUGUCGUACGAGAAUCUUGUAUCUUAAUUACCAAGUGCCAAACUGUCUCUAAAGAUGAUUUUCAAAAGCUCCUUUCAACUGUGCCUGCUGCAUCUUCCUGCCUGCGCUAUCUGAUGGCAGUUCAGAAUCACCUUCUCAGUAACACUGUUUUGAUUAAACCUGAUGAGAAUGAUGACAGUGACAACUCCUUGCAGGGAGAGACAUUGAAGGUACAGGAGCUAAAGGUCAGUAUUUUGGCUCUUGCCACCCAGAUCUUGACGGGCUGUGACGAGGUUCUGGAGAUGCUACAGCAGGUCACCACUGCCCUCAUCCACAGUGACCUGCCCGACCGUGAGCAGAGGUUGAAAGGCUUGGAACAAGUCACCAAGGCCACGAUGCUCGGUCACCUCCUCCCAGUGUUGCUGACCUCCCUGAUGCACCCCAAUCUGCAGACCCUGACCAUGGCAGAUGCCCUGAUGCCUCAGCUUGUACAGCUGGUGCUCUACACCAGUCAGACGGCUCUGCUGCUUAAAACACAGUGUCCGGUUUUUGCUGAGGUGGGCUGUUCGCCAUGUGGCUCUUCAGACCAGAAGUGUAGGCUGUUCCCAGACGAGAGAGUGCUGGAGGAGAAGGAAGAGCCAGGCUUCCUCACUGGGUUAAAGAUUCCUGCCCCAUGGGCUGCUGGGAAGACCGUGGAAACAGUUCACCCCGUCAGAGACAACUAUAAGUUUAAAGAGACCGUCCAUAUUCCUGGAGCUCGCUGCCUGUACCUGAGAUUUGACAGCAGGUGCUCUUCACAGUAUGACUAUGACAAAUCUAACAGUCUAUUUUCUGUUUUGAAGUUGGUGAUAUACGCGGGGCCUAACACAAACAGUAGGAAGGUUGCUGAAUAUGGAGGCAAUACUCUGGGAUAUGGCAGCCGUAGUGUCUUAGGAACUGGUUGGCCGAAGGACUUGGUGAAGGUGGAAGGCGAUACAGUCACCUUCUCCUUUGAAAUGAGAAGUGGCCGUGAACACAACACUCCUGACAAAGCUAUGUGGGGCUUUGCUUGCACAGUCCGCGCUCAGGAGUCCUCGGAGGACGUCUCAGGAGGCUUGCCCUUCCUGGUAGACCUGGCUUUAGGUCUGUCUGUGUUAGCUUGUUCCAUGUUAAGAAUCCUGUACAAUGGACCAGAAAUUACCAAAGAAGAAGAAGCCUGCCAGGAGCUAUUGCGGUCCAAACUUUUGCAAAGGUGCCAAUGGCAAGUGGAAGCUAAUGGCGUCAUCUCCCCUGCCCUCACUCCAAGCCCAUCUCCACUGCCUCUCACCAUAGAGGAAGACAGAGAGUUCACUUACCCCUCGGAUGUCCUCGUGCCCCCUGCCGGAGGCUACCUCGACCUGCCCCGGAUCAGGCUGCCUCCCGGAGUCAUGAUAAAGCUCAGGGAAAUUUCUGGGCGUGCUAGACCUCAGUUCAGACCAAGUAUAAAAGAAGUGAUUCAGCCGGAUGUGAUGGAGGAGAUGGUGGUAUCAUGUGUUAUUAAGCACUUGAACUUGGUUGAUGCACUGCAGUCUCUAAUCAAUUUCCAAUAUCAAGAAGAACAUGCAGAGGAAUAUGAUUUAUUGUGUAAAAUCAUGGGAGAGACCUUUAAGAAGCUUAAUGCCAUGGAGAGACAGCUGCAAAGUGUUGCAGAACUGGAACAGAAGUGGCAAAGUGAGGUUGAAGAUGCCAUUCAAGGGAGACUGGAGAACAACAUGCCUUUCUUUUAUGAUUACCAUUUUAAUGAGAACAAAAUGAAAGAACUAGAACUUUUGUGUUCAAUGAAGGAAGUCUCCUUUGAUGGAAAUGAUCUUGAAAACAUGGUCCUAUCACUCAGGGAGAAGUUCCUACAAGAAGUGAAUUCUCUUACUCAGAAGCCCUCACACCCACUGGCCAAAACAAAGGCCCUGGUGAGGAGUCUGAUGAACCGAGCUGAGUUGCUGCUGCAUGUCACUAUUGCGGCCCAGACAGGCCUCGCCAGGAGCUUCUCGGGGACCCCCACAGAGACACCAGCUUGUAAAUCAGCUUCUGAAACUAAAGUGAUAUCUCAUGCUGUCCGGCAGCCGGCUUUUCUUCGCAGCAUGUCGGCUCCUUCUGACCUGGAAAUGAUUGGAAAUGAAGAUCUAGAAUUCACUAGAGCUAAUCAGAGGCGUCGCCAUGGGGCCAGCCACCGCAGCAGUUCCUUCACACUCCUGCAGUCACUGGCUAUUGAGGACAGCAGGGACAAGCCCACCUACAGUGUUCUGCUGGGGCAGCUCUUCGCUUUCAUUGGCACCAACCCUGACCAGGCAGUGUCCAGCAGCAGCUUUCUUCUGGCUGCACAGACAAGGUGGCGGCGGGGAAACACACGCAAGCAGGCCCUGGUGCACAUGCGGGAGUUGCUGACAGCGGCUGUGCGGGUCGGGGGAGUGACUCACCUGGUAGGGCCAGUGACAAUGGUCCUCCAGGGGGGACCCAGAAUUGAAGAGCUCACCUGUGGUGGGAUGGUGGAGCAGGUCCAAGAAGCCUUUGGUGAGACCAUGACCUCGGUUGUGUCUCUGUGUGCUCGUUAUCCUAUCGCAUGCGCCAACAGCAUUGGACUCUUAUGUACCAUCCCUUAUACCAGGAGCGAAGAGAAGUGCCUGGUCCGCAGCGGCCUUGUGCAGCUCAUGGACCGACUGUGCAGCCUGAGCAGUCAGACUGAGUCCAGCUCCAGCGAGAAGCAGACCAAGAAGCAGAAGGUGGCCACCAUGGCCUGGGCUGCCUUCCAGGUGCUUGCCAACCGCUGUGUGGAGUGGGAGAAAGAGGAAGGUGGCUCCACCGAGGCUGUGCACUCGGGCCUGGCCCGUCAGGUGUCUAGCCUCCUCACCAACCAUCUUGCCCGAGCAACCGAGUGCUGUGGCAACCAAGCUGCUGGGAACGACGCUCUGCAGGAUGCCCUGAGCCUCCUCAAUGACCUCUCAAGGAGCCACAUAGGAAAAGCCAUCCUGAGCCAGCCAGCAUGUGUAUCCAAGCUCCUUUCCCUGCUGCUUGACCAGCGGCCAUCUCCAAAACUGGUCCUGAUCAUUCUCCAGCUGUGUCGAGCAGCCCUGCCUCUGAUGAGCGUGGAGGACUGUGGGAACGUGGAACUCCCACCCUGGAGCUAUUCUGUCCCCUCCCUGAACAGUGAGCAGGAGGAUCCUAGCGAUCCAGCUUCCAAGAUUGCCUCCCUGCUCUUGGCCAAGCUGGCAGACUAUGUAGUCCCAGGAUGUCAGACAGUUCUUUCCCCAACUGCUUCUGAACCUGAUACCACACUGACAAAAAGUAGUCCCAAGAACUCCUUAAAAGGAGAUAAGGAUCCUGGAGAAGAGAGCGAAGCAGUGGAUGGCAAGCUCUCCAUCUUUAUUCACAAGCGAGAAGACCAGUCCUCUCAUGAAGUCCUCCAGCCGUUGCUAAGUAGCUCAGAAGGACGACCCUUCCGACUCGGUACUGGAGCCAACAUGGAGAAAGUUGUGAAGAUGGAUCGAGACAUGACCAAGGGUGGCUGUUGUGAAGUCAUUACAGAAGAGGCCACCGCCGCCCUGCGGAAAGCAACCAAAUGGGCACAGUCAGGCCUCAUCGUCAGCGUUGGACCCCCUGUGGAAGCCCUCAACCCUGAGACUGUGAGUGGACUGUCCACAGGCGAUAAGAAGAAAACUGCCCAAACUUCCAUCUGCCGAGAGAGGAACUCAGAACUUGCCAGGACUGACCCCGUCCGCCCCUUUAUCAGCGGGCACGUGGCAAAUAGCAUGGCUGCAGAAGUGAUCGCCCUGUUGCACAGCUUGCUAAUGGCACCUGAAUCAAAUGCUGCUCAAAUAUGGACCACAACGGCAGAAAAGGUUCUGUCUCAGGCAUUGAUGUACAUUCCACAGCUGGGGAAAUAUGCAGAAAGUAUUCUAGAAAAUGGCAGCAGCAGUGGCAGAAAACUGGCCAAACUUCAGAGGAUUGCACGCCAGGCUGUGGCUGCACUGUGUGCACUGGGAGGCUUUAAGGAGACGAUUAAGAUCGGAUCCGAGGUUCAGGUUUUAGGUAGAGGAAUAUCAGGAAGCAUUGGAGUCGUGGCUUCUAUCAAUGAGCAGGAAGGCAUAGCUACCGUCAGAUUCCCACCCAUCGACUGUCGAAAGACUUCGCAGGCAUCCGACACCUUGACCAUUCCGUUGUCUAGACUCUGUGUUCCAAGAUCAGAGGCACUGCCUCUUCAUAAGCUGUCCAUCACCGAGAAGGUGGUCCAGGCAGUCCAGUCUAUGUUGUUCCCUCAGGAGGGAAGUCUCUCUAUCCACACCUCCCUUCCUGCCACUGGGGAUGGGGCAGCACCUGUGAUGGCAGUAGUGCGGCUCCUGGCUGAAAUCAGAACAAGAGCAUGCCUGGUCAUGGCCCAGCUGUUGGAAGACAGCUUAUUUUGUGAAGAAUUCAUACAGCAGUGCCCAGCAGCUGUGGAAGUCCUUAACCUAGUGGCCCAUGAAUGUAGUGCUGGUGAGCGGCUUGCAGUUGUGGAGGUCCAGUGCGAACGACUGAGGAUGCUGUACCGGGACUGUGCUCGGCCCCCACCACCUCCCCUGCAGGCAGACCGGAGACAGCCCAGAGAGAUCACCUGGAGCCCCUCUAGAGUGUUCCCCCCAGUGCGCGCCUGCAUGUUCUCAUCCCACCUGACCUCCGUCACCUUCCUGGCCGACCCCAGCGCUGGGGGAGGUCUGCCCCGGGGCACUUUCAUCUAUGCCACCUCGCCUCUGCCAGUGCAGGCCCCAUCCUUUUACUGGGAAAUUGAAAUUGUUUCCUAUGGAGACACUGAUGACGACACCGGACCAAUCGUUUCCUUUGGCUUUGCUACAGAGGCAGAGAAACGAGAUGGGGCGUGGACCAAUCCAGUGGGCACUUGCCUGUUCCACAACAACGGCCGGGCUGUGCACUACAAUGGCUCCAGCUUGCUGCAGUGGAAAAGCGUCCGCCUAGAUGUUACUCUGUCUCCUGGUGAUGUGGCAGGGAUUGGCUGGGAGAGAACCGAAGGGACCCCGCCUCCUCCAGGACAGCCAGCCAAAGGCCGGGUGUACUUCACAUACUGUGGGCAGCGCCUUUCACCGUACCUCGAGGAUGUCUCGGGUGGGAUGUGGCCUGUGGUUCACAUUCAGAAGAAGAACACCAAAACUCGAGCCAACUUUGGCUCCCGCCCUUUUGCUUAUGCGGAAGGGCAGGCCCACCGCAAUGCCGCCGACCUGUGCACUGACCUGGCAGAGGAGAUCAGCGCUAACUUCGAGGCCUUGCCCUUUGCCAUGGCAUCUGACAGUGACAACGAUGCUGGCACCAGUAUAGCAUCAGACCCAGGCACCCAUGGGCCACCAUGCCGGAUUGCUGCUGUGGCCACUGCUCAGCAACAAUACGACAGUGACACCUCCUGUCAUUACAAAGUUGAACUCAGCUAUGAGAAUUUCAUCACCUCUGGCCCAGACCCUCACCCGCCUCCCAUUGCCGACGAUGAGAGUGAUGAUGAUGACGAUGACGACAUCCCACAGGAGGACCACUACGCCCUGCUGGUGAAAGCAUGGGAGACCAAGGUUUUCCCCACCAUCCGAAGACGCUUCCGCAAUGAGGCAGAGCGGAAAUCAGGCCUGGACCAGAUCAAGGGUGCUCUACAACUAGGCAUGGUGGACAUCGCCCGGCAGACAGUUGAGUUUCUCUAUGAGGAGAAUGGUGGCAUCCCAAGAGACCUCUAUCUUCCCACCAUUGAGGACAUUAAAGAUGAAGCAAACAAGUUCACAAUUGACAAAGUUCGAAAAGGUCUCACAGUAGUAACCCGCUCUCCAGACAGCAAUAACGUCGCUAGCAGUGCUGUCGGAACUGCUCUUCCAAAGUUUGCCAUCCGAGGGAUGCUGAAAACCUUUGGCCUUCACGGCGUCGUCCUGGAUGUUGAUUCAGUGAAUGAGUUGGUGCAGGUAGAAACAUACCUCCGGAGUGAAGGGGUGCUGGUACGAUAUUGGUACCCCAUUGAUAUGCUGGAAAGACCACCAGCAGGCUACCGAAGGACUGCCACAAAUGGGCUGGUCACACUGGACAACACCAACCUUCAAAUUCACAGAGAGCUGCUGCGCUGUGAGGCCUCCCUGGCCAAGCUGUACUGCCGCGUGGCCCUGCUUGGCAUCUUCGCCCCCAAGCUGCCACACUCAUUCACCCGCCUCUUCCACAUCCCUGCCGUCCAGGACAUCACACUGGAGCACCUGCAGCUGUUGUCGGAUCAGCUCCUCGCUCCUCCCCUCCCCGAUGGUACCAUCAGCUCCAGCUCCAUCCUCCUGGCGCAGUCUCUGCAACACUGCCUCCAUUCACAGAACUGUUCCGCCACCGACCUCUUCUACCAGGGCAGCUCCCAGACAAUGAGAGCAUGGCUGCACGUGGCCAUCACCCGCACCCUACAGCAGGGCGAGGACAGCCUUCUGGAGCUCACCAAGCAGAUCUGCGCCUUCCUGCAGAAAGCACCGGAGCAGUUCCCCUCCGAGGAGUUCCCGAUUUCUGAGUCCAAGGUCAACAUGGACGUUAAUUUCCCUGGAGCUGCUUUUGUGGUGGUGUCUUGCAAAGAAAGUCAGUCUGGAUUCCGCAAAGACUCCUCUCUGUAUAAGGCUCCAUGGGCUCGCGUGCUUGUAUACGGGCUCGGCCACAAAGUGAAGCGGACAGGCCAGCUGAAUCUCAUCGAGGCCGCCUGCUACCCUCGGGAUGCGUCCCCAGCCAACACUGGGCUGUCACCUCCACCCACUGCCCACCAGUACCCUUCUGUGGUCCUGUCCACAAACAGGGUCCACAUCAAACUGGGCGUGUCCCCACCCCCCGGAGCUGUGCUGGUGUUACACUCCCUGCCUCUGGAGUUCCCGCUGGCCAUGGCCUUCGCCGAGCAGCUGCUGUCCUGGAAACCAGAGGAAGGCGAAGGGAGGGCAGAAGACGAGCCUGAUGCCAUCCCCACUUCCGUCCUCCUGCACGUGGUGGAGCUUCUUGGAAACUUCCUCUGGACCACAGACAUGGCAGCGUGCGUGAAGGAGCUGGUCUUCCACCUUCUGGCAGAGCUGCUGCGUACCAUCCAUGCUCUGGAGCAGCGGAAGCACCCUGCCGGCCUGUCCUCCUCCAUCGCCCUCCAGCUCAACCCCUGCCUGGCCAUGCUCAUGGCCUUGCAGUCCGAGCUGCACAAGCUGUAUGAUGAGGAGACCCAGGGCUGGGUCUCGGGUGGUGCAUGUGGGGGCUCUGGGACAGUGGUCACAGGCGAGCAGGGCAGGUUCUCCACGUAUUUCCACGCACUCAUGGAAGGCUGCCUGGCUGUGGCUGAAGUGACCCUGCCCGCCAACAUGAGUGUCACUGCCAGCGGCGUGACCUCAACAACCGCCCCAAACCUCAGUGACUCGUCCUCAUCAUCCUCAUCCUCCCCAGGACAAACCCCACAAAGCCCCAGCCUCCUGUCCAAGAGGAAGAAAGUGAAGAUGAAGCGGGAGAAGGCCUCCUCCUCUGGGAAGCGCCAGUCAUCCCGCAGCGGGGACUCAGACAGCACAGUGCUCAGCAUCGGGGGCAGCAAGCCCGAGGACAUGCUGUGGUUCCACCGCGCCCUCACCCUGCUCCUCAUCCUCCGCCACCUCACCGGGAAGGACCCGCAGGGCCUGGGUGUGACGAGCGAUGCCAUCGCUGAUGCCUGCCAGGCUCUGGUGGGCCCCACUGCCCACAGCCGCCUGCUGGUCAUCUCUGGCAUCCCCACCCACCUGGAGGAGACUGUAGUCAGGGGCGCCAUCCGCAAGGCCUGCAAUGCCCAUGGUGGUAUCUUCAAAGACGAGAUCUACAUCCCGCUGCAGGACGAUGACCCCAAGAAGCCCAAAGACAAGGCCGAAGGCAGUGACGGCAAGGCCGAGCCUGAGAAGACGCUGGGCUUCCCCAGCGCAGACAGCUUGGAAGGGAGCACGUCCAGCAGCCUGGCCCCUGCCAUGAGCAUCAGCGCCUCCGCCUCCACCAGCCAGGCCUCCGUGUGCAGCUCCCAGGGCGUCUCACAGACCGUCAGUGACCUCUCGGUGGACCCUCUGCCCCCGGGCUUCGAGCUGCCUGUCCCACCGGGCCUGCUGGAGCCCCACGUGGUGUCUAGUCAGGAGAGCCUGGACAUUUCUCUGUGCAGCACAGGCAGCCUGGGCAGCUUGGGCAGCCUGGGGGAGCCCCUGGACAACGCGGAGGCAGCCUCCAGCUCGGACGUGGGCUCCAUGUACACAGUGACCUCCCUGGACACCCAGCCCCUCACUGCACGCCCCAUCAAGGGCUUUGCGGUCGUGGAGAUUCGCUCCCGAGCCAAAAUUGAGAAAAUUCGAGCGAGUCUCUUUAACAAUAACGAUCUGAUUGGUUUAUCGGGUUUGGAUGGGGAAGAUGAACUGAUGGAGAUGUCCACGGAGGAGAUUCUCACAGUGUCCGUGGUGAAUCAGAGUCUGUUUGACACUCAGGGGAGUCCGGGCCUGGAAGACUACUUCAACGACAAGUCCAUUAAAGGUGAGAAGCUGGUGCCUGGGGCCAGAGAGGUCCUGACGGAAAUAUUUAAGAGCUGUGCCCAUUCGGAGCAGACGCUGAGCCUGACACCAGCAAAGCCCAUCAGAGUGUCAGACAUCUAUCUUAGCAAAGAGCAGAUCAACUCACAGACACCCGGCAACCUCCUCCACCUCUUCUUCACUAAUGUUCGGCCUCCAAAGAAGGUGCUGGAGGACCAGCUCACACAGAUCUUGAGGAAGUAUGGCGUACCGAAGCCCAAGGUAGACAAGAGCAAGUACAGCAAGGCGGGCAAGGAGCAGCACCCAGUGAAGGUGGUGAGCACCAAGCGGCCCGCCAGCAAGCCACCCACCAAGGACAAGGCUGUGCUCAACAGUGUCAGCAGGACUGCCUUAAGUGAGAAGAAGCCAACUGUAAAGCCGAAGUCACCUGAAAAGAGCAAGCCCGACGAGAAGGACCCAGACAAGUCACCCACCAGGAAGCAGGAGGUCCCAGAGGAGAAAUACCUGACGUUGGAAGGAUUCCACAAAUUCGUCAUUGACCGAGCCAAGCAGGACAUCCGAAGUGUCUGGAGGGCGAUUCUUUCUUGCGGCUAUGACCUGCACUUUGACAGGUGCGCCUGCAUUGAUGUCCGACAUGCGCAGAAGGCCUCAAGGAAGUGGACUCUGGAAAUGGACGUGGCCCUGGUGCAGUACAUCAACCGACUAUGCCGCCACCUUGCGAUCACACCUGCCCGGCUCCACCCCCAUGAGGUGUAUCUGGACUCCGCAGAUGCCACUGACCCCAGGGUGGCCUGUCUUACAAGUGUGCCCAUCGAGAGCCUGCGCCUGCGCUUCGCCCUGCUCCAGUCGCUCAACACCACACUGGAGACCUUCUUCCUGCCCCUGGUAGAGCUCCGCCAGACACCUGUGCUCACCCACAGCAUUGCCGCCCUGCUGAAAGAGGCCAAAGGGCUGAUCUUUUAUGAUACGAAGGUGACUGUGAUGAAUCGGGUGCUGAACGCCACUGUGCAGAGGACGGCUGACCACGCCGCGCCCGAGAUCACCCUGGACCCCCUGGAGAUCGUGGGAGGGGAAAUCAGAGCUUCUGAAAACUCCUACUUCUGCCAGGCUGCCAGGCAGCUGGCAUCUGUGCCAUCCUCUCAGCUCUGUGUCAAGCUUGCCAGUGGCGGCGACCCCACCUACGCCUUCAAUAUCCGCUUCACCGGGGAGGAAGUCCACGGCACCAGCGGCUCUUUCCGGCACUUUCUGUGGCAGGUGUGCCGGGAGCUGCAGAGCUCCUCGCUGUCGCUGCUCCUGCUGUGCCCCAGCUCCGCAGUCAACAAGAACAAGGGCAAGUACAUCCUGACGCCCAGCCCCAUCACCUACGGGGAGGAGCAGCUGCUGCACUUCCUGGGCCAGCUGCUGGGCAUCGCCAUCCGGGCAGACGUGCCGCUCCCCCUGGACCUCCUGCCGUCCUUCUGGAAGACGCUGGUGGGCGAACCCGUGGACCCCGAACAGGACCUGCAGGAGGCAGACAUACUCACCUACAAUUACAUCAAGAAGUUCGAGAGUAUCAACGACGAGACGGAGCUGGAGGCGCUGUGUGCCGAGAUCGCGUCCCAGCACCUGGCCACCGAGAGCCCCGAAGGGCCGGGCAAGCCCUGCUGCAGGUUCACCUACCUGACCAUGACAGGCGAGGAGGUGGAACUGUGCAGCCAUGGGCGGCACAUCCCCGUGGCGUGGGAGAACAAGGAUAUUUAUGCGGCGGCCAUCCGGAGCCUGCGGCUUCGAGAGCUGCACAACGUGGAGUGCGUCACAGCCGUGCGGGCCGGCCUGGGCUCCAUCAUCCCGCUGCAGCUGCUCACCACGCUCAGCCCCCUGGAGAUGGAGCUGCGCACCUGCGGCCUCCCCUACAUCAACCUCGAGUUCCUGAAGGCGCACACCAUGUACCAGGUGGGCUUGAUGGAGACAGACCAGCACAUCGAGUUCUUCUGGGGGGCUCUGGAGACCUUCACACAAGAGGAGCUGUGCAAGUUCAUCAAGUUUGCCUGCAACCAGGAGCGCAUCCCGUUCACCUGUCCCUGCAAGGAUGGAGGCCCCGACACGGCCCAUGUGCCCCCAUACCCCAUGAAGAUCGCCCCUCCGGAUGGCACAGCAGGGUCCCCCGACUCCCGCUACAUCCGUGUGGAGACGUGUAUGUUCAUGAUCAAGCUUCCCCAGUACUCCUCCCCGGAGAUCAUGCUGGAGAAGCUGCGCUGCGCCAUUCACUACCGGGAAGACCCCCUAAGUGGCUGACGGAAGAAAGCGCCAAAGCUGGCCUUCACCGUGGCACCGCUGUGCCGGCUUGGGGAGCCUGCGCUGCAGGCGCGCCCCUCCAGGGCCCUGC